AUGGCGAACUCGUGCGAGCCGCUAUGCCAUUUUGGUGGAAGGCUCUAUUUCACCACCUUUCAGAACCCUGCUCCCCGCGCUGAUGUGCUCAAUCGUUUUGCUAACGAGCAGGAUCAUGCGCCGCGGAUACGUGGGCCGCCGCCUACAGGGACCACUUCGACACCCGACGACGAUGCGAAGUACUACUACUUCACAAUAGACGACCAGUUGCUGUAUUUGUCCUUCUUCCAAGAUUGGGGGCCAUUGAACCUGGCUAUGGUGUACAAAGCAUGCAUCCUGAUUCAUGAGCUCCUUCAGGACCAGUCACUAGCGUCACAUCGUCUUGUACUAUACUCAUCGAAUGAUCCGCGCAGAAAGGCCAAUGCAGCUCUGCUUAUGGCAUUCUACGUCAUGAUCGUCCAGCAGCGGCCGCCUUGGGAAGCAUUUCAUCCUAUCGCUGAGGUAGAAUUCAUGCCCUUCCGAGACGCCGGUCGCGGACGCUCGGACUUCAAUCUCAACAUCCAAGACUGCCUCUGGGGUAUCUACAAAGCAAUGCAAAAUGGCCUAUGCGAUAUGAAUGAGUUUGACGUUGAAGAGUAUGAGUACUAUGAGAAGGUGGAGAAUGGCGAUUGGAACUGGCUAACGCCUAAUUUCAUCGCAUUCGCAUCUGGAUCGCCGCCGUCUUCACCAACAAGGUCUCAGGGAGAACAUGCCUUGCAGCGCAAGUUGCCCACGCCAUUCCUUAACUGCUUGGAUUACUUCGAGAAGCAGAACGUCAAGCUGGUCGUGCGACUCAACAAUCCGCUAUAUGAUCGGCAGGUAUUCAUGGACCGCGGGAUCAACCACUACGAGCUCUAUUUUGACGACGGCACAAAUCCGACAGACGAGAUCGUGAGGAAGUUUAUUGAUCUAGCCGACGAAGUUGUUGAAGCCGGCGGUGUUGUGGCUGUUCAUUGUAAAGCUGGUCUGGGUCGUACUGGGACGCUCGUUGGUGCAUAUCUGAUAUGGAAAUACGGCUUCACAGCAUCUGAGGCAAUUGCCUUCAUGCGCAUAGCUCGGCCAGGGUGUGUUGUUGGGCCACAACAGCAGUAUAUGUACCUCAAGCAGCUAGAGUGGUGCAAGUGGGCAGCCUACGACGAGAUGCGGAAGGUGCAGAAUGCAGCCAUCAAAGCUGCUACAGCUCUCGUAGCUCCGGCCACACCUCCUGCCGAGAACGACGAUGUCAUGGAGGUUUCCGAUGAUUCACUCCCCCAGCCCAUAGUGACUCCCGCAACGCCAGCACCAGUUCCCCCUGUCACUCCGAGCAAACACGUCGCUCGCGCCACUGCUCAGGCUCGCGAGAUUGAGCCACCCGCUCAGCCACGGAAAACGCCUAUGACGAAGCGUGUAGCUUCCGAUUCUGAUGAAGAGAACGAGCAAGAUGACAUGCUUCCCGCCCUGGGUGUAGCUCCGCCACCAGUGCGAAGGACGAAGGUCAAACCUGCAUCUGCGCGAGCGCCUGGCACUCGCAUCAGCGCCUCUGAGCAACGACCAACACGGACAACGCGUUCCAACGCCGGUGUUGGCGCACGCCAGGGUUGCAACCCGAAUGGUGUGUCGAAGACGACGAAAGCCAUAGGACCAGGUCCAAAUAAGAUUCCGCGGCUCGCAAACGGUAUGAGCGCGCGAGGAAUCGCCGCAACGAAGGGCACGAUACCACCGUCGACGCGUCAGCUCAGGCAGCCGCCUUCGCCCACGCCGUCCCGCCUCCCCACGUUAGUCGCCAAACGCGCGCACCAUAAUUCCACGUCAUCCGUGCACGACGUGUCGGGGGUUGCAUCAGUGGUCAAGUCUGCGGCUGCAGCGGUCGGCGCGUGGAUGACGACGAAUGCUGCGGCUGUCGUGGUCCCCGGGUCGAAAUCAGAGCGGCCAAACCUGCGUAGCGUGCGGCGGAGACGUAGCAGCUUCAGCUCGGUGGACGUUGUUGCAUGAGCAUCUAUUCCUUCAGUAAUCCAGGCUGGCCUGGUUCCGAUCUAUCCGACGGAUUCUGUACGUAUAUAUCUUCCAAGUUCUUGACUCCGCAUGAUCUCUCUGCAUUGUCAAUAUCUAUCGCUCUCACAGGUCUUGCCAUUCCAGUCGUUGCUAUCAUCGUCCAUCCUCCUCUACUCUGCCUUGCAAACGUGCCAUCCUUGCCCGCUGCGACACCUUCCCUUCACAUAGCAAUGACAUACGUACACGAUGCAAUUGUUUGAUGGAUGUCCAUUCACGAUCCCUACCCUCCGAGAUGUGUCAAGUCCGUUUUGAUCGUCCCGACAAUUCAUGAAUGUGCAAUGGCUUCUGAUGCCAUUU